AUGAAGUUUAAAACCAAUCCGAUCGGUGUUGUAAAUAUCAAGUGUACGUGCUAUGAGAAGUCCUUUUGCGAACUAAAGCGUUGCGAAUUAAAGGUCCUGGGUCGCGGCAUCGUUGGUCUUUUUUUGCAUGCCCAGGCUCAUCAGCUGCCCAUUAACAGUUCGACGUGCAUUCUAUCGCUAUACCGAAGGUUCAAUGGAUACAGGCCGUUCCUUUACAAUAUGACCGUUGAUAUUUGCAGUUUUUUCAAAAAUCGAAAACGCUAUCCAUUUGUCGAUUUAGUAUACGACGCUAUAAAGAACUUUAGCAACGUAAAUCACUCCUGCCCACACAAUCAUGACAUAAUUGUGAACCGAAUGGUACUAAAUGACAAUAUGAUCGUUAAGGUACCUUUUCCGAGUGGUUUUUACAAACUAAUGUUUAUCUUAAAAACAGAUGGCAUUUGGCGGGGCGAAGUUGAAGUUUACGUUGAGGUUAAUUUGGGAUAUGAUCGUUAA